AGAGAGUGAGGGGGGGAAGCGAGGCGUGGGAUCAGAUUCAGGACUUUGUCAACCAUGCCGUGAAGAUGAUUCCUGUUAUCCUUAUACCCCAUCAUCAUUGGGUCACCAUUCGAUCUUCCUAACUCAUCGGACAGAACAUUAAUCUUUUCUUCACUCUGUUUCACAGUUUUUCUCCUUUUCAUUUUCCUUCCAAUUCUGUAACAUGAACUAUGAAGCAUAGGCCUUCGAGGGUUUCUCUUUGAUGUGGUCCCUAAUCGCUUGAUUUUUAUUUUGUUCUUUCUUUUUCUGUGGAGAAUCGUUUUCCCCCCCAUUUUCUUUCUUUUUCGCCCCCCCCCCCACAAGCGAUUCUACAAGUGGGUUUUUUUUAUUUUUUUUUUAUUUUUUAAAUUUACUUCCCAUUUAUCCUUGUUCGUAUUAAUGGGGAAUGUGAACGGGAGAGAAGAUGAGGAUGGCAACCCAUCUGGGGCGGAAGAAGAAGAAGAAGAAGAUGAGGAAGUCGGUGGUGGUGGUCAGGGGAGUCUGCCGGAUGGCCUGGCGGCACCGCCCGAUUCCCACCGUGGCUACCACACCGGCGAUCCGCCUGCUGAGCUGAUGGGUCAUUCCCCUCCUCGUAGUCCUCGCGCCAUUCCAUCUCCACUGAUGUUCACUCCUCAAGUACCAGUUGUUCCACUGCCAAGACCUGAUGAGGUGCACAACACAAGCCAGUCUUGGAUGAAUAACAGUUCAUGGGUUGAUGAUGUUAGCACUGAACAAGGAAUCCCAACGAUGAUAACGUGGAGUCAUGGAGGCAAGGAAGUAGCUGUUGAGGGAUCUUGGGAUAACUGGAAAAUGAAAAUACCCUUGCAGAGAUCUGGGAAGGACUUCACGAUUGUGAAGGUACUGCCUUCUGGUGUUUACCAGUAUAGGUUUAUUGCUGAUGGACAAUGGAGAUAUGCUCCUGACUUACCUUGGGCUCAAGAUGAUUCCGGCAAUGCUUACAAUAUCUUGGACUUGCAGGACUAUGUCCCAGAAGACAUUGAAAGCAUUUCUAGCUUCGAACCUCCUCAAUCCCCGGAGUCGAGUUACAGCAGUUUGCAGCUUGGAUCUGAAGAUUUUUCGAAGGAGCCACCAUUGGCUCCUCCUCACUUGAAAUCCACGUUGCUUGACAUGCCUUGCCCAUACAAUGAGAUUUUGCCUCCUUUGUCAAGACCUCAGCAUGUGAUGCUGAAUCAUCUUUAUAUGCAGAAGGAAAGGGGCGGUCCAUCUGUCGUGGCACUCGGGAUGACUCACCGGUUUCUAGCAAAGUACGUAACCGUUGUCCUCUAUAAAUCGUUGCAGAGAUAAUGUAGUAUAGGCAUAUCCUGUGUGAAAGAAAUUCAAAAUCUAAACCCAUUUUUCCUUACUGUAGCUUUAUAUGGUGUUGAUGCCAUUUCAUUUUAACACUUCUGAAUUAACCAGGACGUCUGAAUGGAUCGUUCUUCAA